GUAUAGCCCAAUGAAUUUUCAUUCAAAAGCUAGCAAUAAUGGCAAGCUUGUGCAAUAGUAGUAGUACAUCUCUCAAAACUCCUUUUACUUCUUCCUCCACUUCUUUAUCUUCCACUCCUAAGCCCUCUCAACUUUUCCUCCAUGGAAAACGUAACCAAAUGUUCAAAGUUUCAUGCAAGGUUACCAAUAAUAACGGUGACCAAAACCAAAACGUUGAAACAAAUUCUGUUGAUCGAAGAAAUGUUCUUCUUGGCUUAGGUGGUCUUUAUGGUGUUGCUAAUGCUAUACCAUUAGCUGCAUCCGCUGCUCCAACUCCACCUCCUGAUCUCUCGUCUUGUAGUAUAGCCAGGAUUAACGAAAAACAGGUGGUGCCGUACAGUUGUUGCGCGCCUAAGCCUGAUGAUAUGGAGAAAGUUCCGUAUUACAAGUUCCCUUCUAUGACUAAGCUCCGUGUUCGUCAGCCUGCUCAUGAAGCUAAUGAGGAGUAUAUUGCCAAGUACAAUCUGGCGAUUAGUCGAAUGAGAGAUCUUGAAAAGACACAACCUUUAAACCCUAUUGGUUUUAAGCAACAAGCUAAUAUACAUUGUGCUUAUUGUAACGGUGCUUAUAGAAUUGGUGGCAAAGAGUUACAAGUUCAUAAUUCUUGGCUUUUCUUCCCGUUCCAUAGAUGGUACUUGUACUUCUACGAGAGAAUCGUGGGAAAACUCAUUGAUGAUCCAACUUUCGCUUUACCAUAUUGGAAUUGGGACCAUCCAAAGGGUAUGCGUUUUCCUGCCAUGUAUGAUCGUGAAGGGACUUCCCUUUUCGAUGUAACACGUGACCAAAGUCACCGAAAUGGAGCAGUAAUCGAUCUUGGUUUUUUCGGCAAUGAAGUCGAAACAACUCAACUCCAGUUGAUGAGCAAUAAUUUAACACUAAUGUACCGUCAAAUGGUAACUAAUGCUCCAUGUCCUCGGAUGUUCUUUGGCGGGCCUUAUGAUCUCGGGGUUAACACUGAACUCCCGGGAACUAUAGAAAUCAUCCCUCACGGUCCUGUCCACAUCUGGUCUGGUACAGUGAGCGGUUCAACUUUGCCCAAUGGUGCAAUAUCAAACGGUGAGAAUAUGGGUCAUUUUUACUCAGCUGCUUUGGACCCGGUUUUCUUUUGCCAUCACAGCAAUGUGGAUCGGAUGUGGAGCGAAUGGAAAGCGACAGGAGGGAAAAGAACGGAUAUCACACAUAAAGAUUGGUUGAACUCCGAGUUCUUUUUCUACGAUGAAAAUGAAAACCCUUACCGUGUGAAAGUUCGAGACUGUUUGGACACGAAGAAGAUGGGUUAUGAUUACAAACCAAUGGCCACACCAUGGCGUAACUUCAAGCCCUUAACAAAGGCUUCAGCUGGAAAAGUGAAUACAACUUCACUUCCGCCAGCUAGCAAUGUAUUCCCAUUGGCUAAACUCGACAAAGCAAUUUCGUUUUCCAUCAAUAGGCCGACUUCUUCAAGGACUCAACAAGAGAAAAAUGCACAAGAGGAGAAGUUGACAUUCAGUAAGAUAAGAUAUGAUAACAGAGGGUACAUAAGGUUCGAUGUGUUCCUGAACGUGGACAAUAAUGUGAAUGCGAAUGAGCUUGACAAGGCAGAGUUCGCGGGGAGCUAUACUAGCUUACCACAUGUACACAGAGUUGGGGAUACUAAUCAUACUGCAACUGCUACUCUCCGGCUGGCGAUAACAGAACUGUUGGAGGACAUUGGUUUGGAAGAUGACGAGACUAUUGCGGUGACUCUGGUACCAAAGAAAGGUGAUAUUUCCAUUGGAGGUGUGGAGAUCAAGCUUGCGGAUUGUUAAUUAGUGUGGAGUGAAUCUGCUGAGAUUACAUGAGUUGAAUGAUAUGAUCUGUUACGAUUCUGUUUUUGUUUAUUGGUUUGUCUGUUU